AUUUGAGUCAAACCACGAGUUAUGGUAUGAAAUAACAUAUGAUUUGCUACUUAUUAGUCGCGAUUUGAUGUAAACAUCACUGCAUUUGAAGUUUGAAUUGCGGUCUGAAUUGCGGUUUAAGACUAAUUGUUGCGAUCAUUGAGUGUUUGUUUUGGCAGCGAAUGAAUGGAUGUAUAGUUUAAGUGUAUUAUAGCGACAAUUAUUGCCUCAAAUGUGGUGUAAAUUAUGGGCAAAAACAACAAACUCUUCCUUCUUAUGCCAAAUCACAGGCGAAACGCAUCCAAACUGUCGGCACCCAAACCAACCAUCGAUGACCGAGUGGAGACAAUCGCGUCGUCGAUAUCUCCGAAACACAUAAAUUUACCCAAACUUUGGUCCGAAAACGAGUUGCUCUUUGAGUUGCAAUCGAUGGUUGUGUUCAUCAUUUCGAUGUCCACACAGUAUCUCAAUCUCUACCGAACCGUCUGGUGGUUACCCCAGUCUCACACCAACAUCGCUAUGAACUUCCAUUUGAUUGAUGUAAAUGUGGUUCAAUUCUGCGUCCUCUUCAUCGGUCGUCCAUUUGUCCUCCAUUUGGCACAUGUUAUAACGCCAGCGCUUCCAUUAUUUUUGCGGUCAUUUUAUUUAUACAGCUCUUCGCUCGUGAUAUUACUGGUCUGUAUUUGCGGUCACAUCCGGUGUUCGGUAAACAUCUACUCGAGUGCCGGCAUAACAGGCAUUCUGUGCAUAUCGUAUCCAAUCGUGAUCUAUGUGUUGAUGUAUUGUCCGAAUCUGAUCCGCGCGUACGAGUCGUCUAAAACAAACGGAACGCCAAUCAAUUGGUUGGCGGGACUGCAGUCACUAAUACUGCCGACAAAGUUCUCGAGUCAACAGCCGUCACACAACUGCACCACAAGUGCCGAAAUGGUUCGCCAAGAAGUGGACCGAUUGAAGACGUCGUUCAACGAGAGAUUAAAAUUUAUAUUAUUUCGUUCACUACUCAUAGCAUACUAUUCAUCAUUCGUUAACCUAUGCUUCGCUCACAACCAUCUCUAUUACGACAUGAGUUGGACGGCACAGCAUGUGGUCAUCUCAUGGAUGACAUCCUUCCUUAUGCUUACCUCUCACUUAUAUUCGCCGCAAUUCUACGAUAUUCUGCACAAGUCUUCACUCCAUUUGGGAAAGUGGGCUAAACUGGAGACCAGAAACACAUUGGUUCCAUGCAAUCAAUGGUCAGACAAUCUCCUCUAUGGACAGGGAGUUGUUGUCAAGUAUUCAAAAGAGUACUUUAAAUCCGAAGGCAGUACUAAUUGUGCGGAACCGGGAAAUCAAUCGCAUCUCCGCUAUUAUAUUGUGUUCUCGAAUCCAAUCGGAGGUUUUGGCACAUUAUUAGGGCUUUUGGUUGUCUUAAUCUUUGUUCAAAUGGUUUUAUUAAUCCGAGCGCUCGAGUGGUAUAAAUUAAUAUCAAUGUCAUUAAUGAUAUUAAUUAAUUCGUUGACUGUCUUUCGUUUGGUCCGAUCUUUUGUUAUAUUGCGAGAAGUCUAUAGAGUCGAGAGUCGACUCCAAGAGACUAAUCACAAUCUCAACUAAUUGUCUAAUUAUGUGAACAAAAUAAUUAUUUAAUUAAAUGCUAUUUUCUAUUUGUGUUAUAUCUGUUGCUAUACUUUGUAAUGCUAUUUAAGUUCUCUAAGAAAUAUCUUUGUUA